AUGCAUUCCCUCCACAAGAUCGAAAAGAUUCUUUCUCAUGGCCAUCCUCAUCCAUCAUCAUCAUCAUCAUGGCUACUUUCAAAAUCCAUACUCUCGAAACCUAUUACCACCACUAACAAGAACAAAACCACCACCUCUCCAUUCAAACCAUCCAAGCUCGGAUCGGAAAGGAUGAUCAAUUCGUUCCACUCAUCACCAUCCGAAUCGGAUUUAAUACAAGCAUCACCUACGCGAAAUCAGUCCUCUCCAUUUUCUUCUUCAAAUAACUCCAAAAAUUCGGAAAAGAGUUCCGAAGAAGGCUCACCUUCUCAACAACGAGCAAAAAUGGCGCUACUGGAAAAACUGCCAACGUCCUUAUUACUAUUUUUGUUAAUCUCAUUGGGAAAUGCAACCAUCAUGAUGAUUUCAAAAGAAGAAGAACAAGUUGAUUCUCAUUCUCAUGGAAUGAUUGUUCAUUUACAUGCUGAGGAAUCCAACAGUUUGGACGAGUCUCAAAAAACAGAAAAUUUACAAUAUUUCACUUUGGAUCAAGUGGCUCAACAUUGUUCCAAGCAAGCUGGUGGUAUUUGGGUCAUCUUUAAAGGAGGUGUCUAUGAUGUGACAGAAUUUAUUGAGGCACAUCCAGGAGGAACAGAAAAAAUCAUGCUUGCAUCUGGAAAGUCCAUUGAACCAUUUUGGGAAAUUUAUCGACAACAUCACACGAAAGAAGUUUAUGAAAUUUUGGAACAAUAUAAAAUUGGAAAAUUGGAUCCAAAGGAUGUUCAGAAAUUGAAUGAGUUGAAAGCAUCUCAAGAGAAUGCAAAUGAUAUUUAUGCCAAUGAUCCCAAAAAUAGAAAUCCAAUUCUUCAGGUGAAUAUGGAUAAACCUUUUAAUGCGGAGACACCUCCUUCAAUUUUGGUGGACAAAUUUAUUACUCCAAACGAAGUAUUUUUCAUUAGAAAUCACUUACCAGUUCCAAAACUUGAUGCAGACACCUACUUGUUGGAAAUUUCGGGAUUAGGAAUAGAAACCCCAAUCAAGCUCACAUUGAAUGAUUUGAAAAACAAUGAAAAGCUCAAACAUCACACCUUGACAGUUGCUCUUCAAUGUGCAGGAAAUAGAAGAACAGAAAUGUCAUGUUACAAGCCACCACGAGGUCUUGGAUGGACCAAUGCUGCAGUUGGAAACGCACAAUGGACAGGUGUCAAAUUGAUUGAUGUGUUAAAAUUGUACGGAAUUACAGAAGAAAAAAUUUUGAAUGAAGGAAAAGUUAAACAUGUGGAAUUUAAGGGAGCUGAUACAGAUGGUAUUUCAAGUUAUGCAAUUUCAAUUCCAGUGGAUCGAGCCAUGAGUGACAAAGCAGAUGUUUUAUUGGCUUUCAAAAUGAAUGGAGAGGACAUUCCAAUUGAUCACGGAUAUCCUGUUCGAGCCAUUGUACCUGGAGCUAUCGGUGCAAGAAAUGUGAAAUGGGUCACAAAAAUUGUGUUAAGUGACACUGAAUGUCAAUCUGUGUGGCAACAAAAGAUUACAAAACUUUUGCUCCCUCUCCCAUCUCCAAACAUUCCAAUUAAGGAUGACACUGUGAUUGUUAAGGGUUAUGCCUUAGCUGGUUCAGGAAAUGGAAUUGAACGGGUGGACGUAACUACAGAUAAUGGAAAAACAUGGUACUCUGCGGAUAUGGAACGCGAACCUCUGAAGUAUAAUAGAAACUAUGCAUGGUCUUUGUGGAAAGUGGAAGUUCCAGUGAGUGAUGAACACAAAAGUACGGGAGAAAUGAAAAUUUGCUCCAAAGCAGUCGAUACUGCAUACAAUGUUCAGCCAGAGGAUGUGAAGAGCAUUUGGAACAUUCGAGGCAUUUUGAAUAAUACAUGGCAUUGUGUGAAUUAUAAGGUUCAAAACGAUAGCGAUGGUGAGGACAAAUAA